GAGGACGCGAGGCGGAAAUAAAAAUGACUGGUAGCAGUCGGCGCGCUUCCUCUUCGGUUUGUUGUGUUCAGCUGCUCCACAAAGAUGAAUGCUCCUCCGGCUUUUGAGUCAUUUCUGUUGUUUGAGGGGGAGAAGAAGAUCACAAUCACAAAAGACACUAAAGUCCCCAACUCGUGUCUAUUCACGCUGAACAAGGAGGACCACACAUUGGGCAACAUCAUCCGCGCUCAGCUGCUGAAAGAUCCUCAGGUUCUCUUUGCUGGUUAUAAAGUUCCUCAUCCUCUGGAACACAAGAUUGUCAUCCGAGUGCAGACAACACCUGACUACAGUCCACAGGAAGCCUUCACAAAUGCCAUCACUGACCUCAUCAGUGAGUUGUCCCUGCUGGAGGAGCGCUUCAGAGUGGCCAUCAAGGACAAACAAGAAGGGAUUGAGUGACAUCACUCCUUCACCUAAAAUGUUUUGUUUUUGUAAAUAAAGACUUUCACAUCGUC